CCAAGCGGAAUCGGACAUGUCCAAGCCUCCGUGCUACGAAGAGGCGGUGCUGAUGGCCGAGCCGCCGCCGCCCUACAGUGAGGUGCUCACGGACACCCGCGGCCUCUACCGCAAGAUCGUCACGCCCUUUCUGAGCCGCCGCGACAGCGCAGAGAAACAGGAGCAGCCGCCGCCCAGUUAUAAGCCGCUGUUCCUGGACCGAGGCUACACGUCGGCGCUGCACCUGCCCAGCGCCCCGCGGCCCGCGGCGCCCUGCCCUGCGCUCUGCCUGCAGGCGGACCGAGGCCGCCGGGUCUUCCCCAGCUGGACCGACUCGGAGCUCAGCAGCCGCGAGCCGCUGGAGCCCGGAGCUUGGCGCCUGCCGGUCUCCAUCCCCUUGUUUGGGAGGACUACAGCCGUAUAGAGGGGUGCCCGGCGACCCAAGCCCCAACAGUAGACUCCUGGCCUGACUGAGAGGCUUUUUAAAUACUUCCCUUGGACUGCGGGGGGUGGGAGGGAUUUCUUACCCCAUUUGUUACAUUUUGAGGAUAAUAAAGGUGUGUGAUCUGGUUUGGUACAA